AUUGCAAAUGAAAAGCGUAUGGAGAUGUUGGCCGAAAACAAAAAGACCAGAGUUCCUGGUAAACCGCGUCAUUUCAUAGACGCCUACCUGGAUGAACUGGAUAAGAGAGGAGACGAUGGCUCAUCAUUCAACGAAGACCAGCUUUGUGCAUAUCUUUUGGACCUUCACUUUGCCGGGACUGACACGACCGCCAACACCCUGCUCACUGCCUUCCUCUACCUGAUGAAUUAUCCACAGAUACAAGAGCGCUGUCAGCAGGAAAUAGACAGCGUCCUGGAUGGGAAGGAUGAAGCCAGUUUUGAAGACAGACACCAGAUGCCUUACGUGCAGGCUGUUAUUCAUGAGAUCCAGAGGGUGGCGAACACUGUUCCUCUCGCUGUUUUCCACUGCACCACUAAAGACACCGAGUUAAUGGGAUACUCCAUCCCCAGG